ACAUUUUGGCAUAAGAAAGUGUGUAGGAAAGUGAAGUGAAUGAGGAAGAAGGAAAAACUUAAGAAAUUCAAAAUUAACAUUUGUAAAGAGUUUUACAAAUUGAGGAUUCAAUCUGGAUUCUGGUUUUGGAUUAAUGCGAAAAUUUGCAAUUGGAUAUUAAGCAUUUGUCGUGUUCGGACCUGUGAUCUGUGUUAUUCGUAAUUUGUUGAAUUUAUACAGCAGUUUUCAUCGAAAUUAAUUAUCACCAACGAUUACCAGCGGAGCGGAAAUAACACACAAAAAAAACAUUUAAGAAAACAAUUGCAAAAUUCCCUUUUGGCUAAGGAUUUGCGGCGGUCACACCAGUGCUUUUAUGCUCGGCAGCUGGCAGCCACAAUAUUCCACGAAAUUCCAUUUUGGCAACAAACUAAAACAAAUAAAUCAACAACAACAGCAACAACAACAACAACAACAACAACAACGCGCAAAAUUCAACAAUCAACAAUCAUUUACAUCCGUCGCUCUGGCGCCGCUCAAACCCUUUGUAUCCUGAAUUUGAUCAAGAAAAAGGAUACGCCGGAUAGGAAUACGGCUCCAGGACGAUAUAGAACUUAACGGAACAACGGAGGUACAACUGGCGUCAACAUGGAUCCACAGCAGCAGUUCUGCCUCAAGUGGAACAGUUAUUCCUCCAAUUUGGCAAUAACAUUCUCAAAUCUAUUCAAAUCGGAUCUACUGGCCGAUGUUACACUGUACUGCGAUGGCGCAGUCUUCAAAGCACACAAACUUAUAUUGGCUGCCUGCUCAAAGAAGUUUGCCGAUCUGUUCGAGAACACGCCCACCAAUGGCCAGUGCGUCAUCAUACUGGAGGCCACAACGCCCGAUAACAUGGCCGCUCUUCUCGAGUUCAUGUACAAGGGCGAGGUGCAUGUGUCCCAGGAGGCACUCAACAGUUUCCUCAAGUCCGCCGAGAGCUUGCAGGUCAAGGGACUGUCGACAGAGACCGGUCGUCUGGCCGCACAACAGGCUCAACAGCAGCAUAUGGGCGACAGCUCGCCGCUAGAUUCGCCCACGGGGCGACGCAGCAUGCGCAACAGCCUCAGCGGCAGCAGCAUUGUGCAGGGCGGUGGCGUUGGCAUUGGUCUGGGCACUGGCUCCGGGGUGAACUCCAUUCCCGGGGGCCUGGGCAAUGGCAACGGGCUGAGUCUGGCCGGCGCCCUCAGUGGCAUGGCCGCUGCCGGUGGAAUGGCAGCCGCUGCCAGUGUGGCGGCCAGCGGAUUGAGUGCCCUGGCGGCCAGUGCGAAUGCACUGGAUCGUUGCGGCAGUGCUGGUGGCAACAUUAUCGGGGGCACAGCGACGGGCCAUGGACCCUUGAGUGCUGGAUCCGGAGCAGGCGGAGUCGGUGGCAAUGGAGUGGGUGGUGGCAACAACGGACCCAUUAGCCUGGGCAGCGGUGCUGGCGCCGCUCUUCAUCUGGGCGGAUCGACCGGCAGCUUGAAGCAGGAGUGCGACUCGAUGAUGCAUCCGGGCAGCAGCUCCUCCUCCACCAUGGGCUACACCCAUGUGCCGCCCAUGUACAGACCCAUCUCGUAUGAGCCGCUGCGCAAGCGCGCCCUGCGCAGUCCGUAUGCCGAGCAGGAGCUGCGCGGCUCUGUGCUGCGCGAUGGCUCCAAGAACUCGUCCUCCGAGUGCCCCAGUCCCAUCAACAAGCCGCCGUAUCAUCGUCCAUCGUCCAGUGCUUCAUCGACGGCGCCCACCGAAGCGGACACCAUGCACUCGGAAAGAGCCUCGCCACAGUCCAGUCGCUACGAGAACCACAGUCCCAGCACCACAGCCGGCAACGGCAAUGCCAACAGUGGGCUGGAUCGCAUUGUCAAGUCGGAGCGCAACAAUGGCAGUGCCAACGAUGCCAACGACGAUGACCGCGAGCUCAUGGAUGAAUCAACAGAUAACGGAGCCGAGGAUCUGCGCGUGAAGCUGGAGAACUCGAACUACUCCCCACCACCGCCGCCGAACUCGAACACCUCAUCGACCACACCGAACGCCCUGCUGGAGAACCUCAAGAAUGCGGAUGGAUCGAUUUCGGGCAAUCUGGCCGCAUCUAUUGCACCGGCCGACAUGCUGAACGUGUGGAAUGCCACCAAGAUGAACAACAAGAACAGCGUGAACACAGCGGACGGCAAGAAGCUGAAGUGUCUGUACUGCGACCGCCUGUACGGGUACGAGACGAACCUGCGCGCCCACAUCCGUCAGCGCCAUCAGGGCAUACGUGUGCCCUGUCCGUUCUGCGAGCGCACCUUCACCAGGAACAACACGGUGCGGCGGCACAUCGCCCGGGAGCACAAGCAGGAGAUUGGACUGGCGGCUGGGGCAACCAUUGCGCCUGCCCAUGUGGCAGCCGCGGCGGCUGCAGCGGCGGCCGCCAAUCACUCACCAUAGGAGGCGGCCGCAACAGCAGCGGCAGCAGUAGUCAUGAGCGCCCACAAGGAGGCGGCGAAGCAGCGUAAACGUAAAUCACUCAAGAUGGCACUCGAGAAGUGCAUGCAGCGGCGGGAUGCGAUGGCCGCGGUACCCGAAGCGGUAGGAGGGGGCGAGAUGGAGGCGGCGGAGAUGGAGAUGGCGCCAUUGCAGGCGUCUGGGGCACACACAAUACCAAUACACACGAGCGGAUCAGCGGGCACUGAGCCGUUCAGCUACGAGCAGCAGCAACAGAAGAUGCACCACGAGCUGGCUCAGCAGAUCAAGGCGGCGAUGGCCGUCGAACAGGCCCAGCGGGCCGAGGCAGAGGCCGAAGCAGAGGCUAUGAUGGAAACCACCAUGAACACAACGGUGAACACCACCCACACCACCACAACCACCAAUACCACCAAUACCACCAACACCACAACGGGCACCAGCGACGGUGGCAGCGGCAGCGAUGCCGAGGCCAGCGAUGGCAGCCUCGAGCGGACCAUGGAGGUGGACGAGUCGGUGCCAGAGCCACAGCCUGGCUCCGAGCUCGUCGUGGUGGAGCCGAAGAUAGAGCCUCUGUCGGACACUGAGGAUGAGGAGGAACCCCAGCAUCUGCAUAUGUCCGAGCCGGAGCCGGAGGUCUACAAUCGAAUGCAACACACGCCCACCAGCCCCCCACACAUAAUACCGCCCAACGAGACGCCCACAUUGACCUCCACGCCCAAGGUCAAUGUGGAGCAGUAAGAAGGAGAAGAAGCCCCCCCCAAAGAAGCUGCUUAAACUUUAGGUUAAGAAUUGAUACGGAGGAACGUUUAAAGGAUGAACGAUGAACGAUGAAAGAUGAAGGAGAGUGAUUUACAAAUGAUUUACGCGUGCGCGCCAAGAAGAAGAUGAUGAAGAAGAAACAGAUGACUACUGUUGCAACUGCUGUUGCCCUCGGAGACCACCAAGCAACCAAGUCCCUGGCCCCAGCAGAGGUCCAGGGCAAACUAUUACUAAAAACAAAACAAAAAAAACAAAGAACUACUAAUAUUUCAUAAGAUUUAUGACAACAACAAACAAACAAACAACAACAAAAAAAAAACAAAAUCCAAACACACAUCACACACACACACACACACAUAUGCAUCACACGCACACACACAUACACACACACACACACACGAACAGAAGGCAGUAUUUGAUGUCCAACUUUUUGCAGAAUUUUUCAUUACAAAAAUAUGUUUUAGAAAGACGCCACAAAAAGAUAACAAUUCAACAAAUCCCAAAUGAUUUAUAACUAAAUGAAACAAACUAAUAACAAGAAUCAGAUCGGACAUAGAAACAGAAACGGAGCUUCGUAACACGAGCGAACAUUAACCAUAACCAGAAUCAGAACCAGAAUCAGAAUCAGAACCGGAACAAAAGAUUUGUAACAGAAACUACAAACAACAAACUACAGAUAUACAGAAAGAACCAUAAUAGACACACACACACACACA